AAGCGUGCACCUUCACAUCAAUCCCACUGUCAUCUAAAAAGCAGAGCACACACAACAACCCACCGUGCCAAGGCUCCCUUCGCCCUCCUUCUUGUGACUCUUCGCCGUUGCAGGAAUCGAACUCAUUUAACGGCUAAUUUUGUCGCCGGAGAGUUCAAAUUUCAAGUAACCACUCAUUUUAUAUUGUUGUGCGUGUAUUUAUAGUAGCAUUAGUUGAUUGUGUAGAGUUUUGGUAGUGGGGGUUUGUAUUAAAGAUUUCAACUUGAGGGACAAGGAUAAUAGAGAGAUGUACGUGGUUCCUCCUCCGAAGAGGCCCGAUCCGCUAUCCGGAUCCACUGAUGGGUCGGAUACCCUCCGGAUUUACCAGACUUGGAAAGGCAGCAAUAAAUUUUUGCUUCAAGGAAGGUUUAUAUUUGGGCCGGAUGCAAGGUCAUUGGGGCUCACAAUAUUCCUGAUUGUGGCUCCUGUCGUUGUUUUUUGUUUAUCUGUUGCUAAAAAGUUGGCGGAUGAUUUUUCGCACCACUGGGGAGCAUCAAUUAUGUUUGUUGCCAUUGUUUUCACAUUUUAUGAUUUAAUUCUUCUCCUACUAACUUCUGGAAGAGAUCCAGGUAUAAUUCCUCGUAAUGCUCACCCUCCAGAACCUGAAGGUUACAAUGGAAGUGCAGAAGGUGCACAGACCCCACAGUUACGCUUGCCUCGCAUUAAGGAAGUUGAGGUUAAUGGCAUUACUGUGAAAAUUAAGUACUGCGACACAUGUAUGCUUUAUAGACCUCCACGCUGCUCUCACUGUUCAAUAUGUAAUAACUGCGUUGAACGAUUUGAUCAUCACUGUCCUUGGGUAGGGCAGUGCAUUGGACUGAGGAACUACCGCUUCUUCUUCAUGUUUGUAUUCUCGACGACUCUUCUUUGUAUAUAUGUUUUCAGUUUCUGCUGGGUUUAUGUGAAAAGGAUUAUGGUUAGUGACGAGAUAUCAAUAUGGAAAGCGAUGGUCAAGACCCCCGCUUCUAUUGUUUUAAUUAUCUACACCUUUAUAUCAGUUUGGUUUGUUGGUGGUCUUACUGCAUUCCAUCUGUAUCUCAUCAGUACGGAUCAGACUACUUAUGAAAAUUUUAGAUAUCGGUAUGAUCGGCGUGCCAAUCCCUAUAACAAAGGAGUUUUUCAGAACUUCAUGGAAGUAUUUUGCAGUCCUGUCCUUCCAUCUAAGAACAACUUUAGGGCAAAGGUACCGAGGGAACCUGCUUUGCCAGCUCGAUCUGUAGGUGGUGGUUUUGUUAGUCCAAAUAUGGGUAAAGCAGUGGAGGAUAUUGAGAUGGGAAGGAAGGCAGUGUGGGGAGAUGUUGGUGCUGUCUUGGAUCAACACGAAGGGCAGUUGAGUGACAACGAUGGCUUAAAGGAACGUGGAUUAGGUGAAAUGUCCCCAGAGGUAAGGAACACUGUAGACAAGGGUGAUCGAGCUGGAAUACAUCCCAGGAGAUCCAGUUGGGGAAGGAAAAGUGGAAGCUGGGAAAUGUCCCCUGAAGUUCUCGCUUUGGCAUCUAGAAUGGGAGAGUCGAACACAUCUGGAGGAAGCAGCAGUACUCUCCGACCAACAUAGACCAAGUUGCAACGACAUUUGGACAAUGCUCAAAUUCAUAUGUUGAUCUUAGUUAAAUUCGGUUUAGUGGUGAUUUAACUUACCAUAUUGUUGUGCCAUCGUAUGUGACUUGAUUGACGGGCGUGGAGUGUUUCUUUGGCUGUAGCUAAAGGAAAAAAAAAACGUGGCUUUGUAUGAGGGUUGCUUUCUUAAUCCCAAUUGUGUAUUGUGUUGAUUGAGUUAGUAAAGAGUUCUAAUUGUUUGCUUUGGCCA